UUUGUCUGUGAAAACACACCGGCACACGUGUUGGUGUUAAAACAGUAAGUAACAUCUAACACAAUUUGCUAACAAAAUCGUUUUAUAAUUUUGAAUUUUAUUAAAAUGAGCAGCGUUUGAGUUGUUCAGACAUUUCCUCAUGUUUUCUUAGUUAAAUGCACAGCGGGAAGACCCAUGAUUAGCUUAACUUGAUUUAGCUUAUCCCUGCAUGCUAGCGGUUGAUCGAGUACGUUCAUGUGAUUCUCGUUUGUUAUUUCUAGCUUUCCUUCAAUUUUGUUACUACCUCAUGAUCCACUAAAUAUGAAUGACUUUCACUUGUAUUUAUUUACUUCUUUCGACGACAGGUCAUUUUUGACAGAUGUCAGCAUUGCAGAAACAACCUUAGCGAGCUAGUAGUUAACUUAAGCUAGUACCAAAGAUGUGUAUAUCUGUACUAGUAUAGUACUAGUUCAUCAUGUAACGUUAGUAGGCCUAUGUCAAUGCUAUUAACUACUUGCUAUAAAACAAAAUCUGAUUACACGUUUGUUUGAUCAGUGUACUCCAGGCAUAGUACAUUUAGCAUUUCACGGUAAGGUCUACCUACACCUGUUGUAUUUGGCGCAUGUGACAUACAAUGUUAUUUUAUUUUAUUUCACAACCAUGAGGAUACUUGCGAUUUCAAGUCCAUUCACUAGCUAGCUCCAUUAUUCUAAGCGGUCAGAGUUUAACUUUAAGGAAACAUCUCCCUCUUCUGGCCAAAUAAGAUAAAUCCUUCAGUCUCAGAACUGUAUUGACUCAGGUCAAUCUCUCCACAGGCCAGGCUUCAGAUAUGGCUGCCAUGUACUCUGGGAUUCACUUGAAGCUCAAAAACCCCAAGACAACCUGGGUGGACAAACUGAAGCUUGCCCGUUUUGCAUGGAUUUCAUCACAGUGCUUACUUCCUAACAAAGAACAGGUAACACAUCUGCCCGUCAUCAGAUAUUAGGUGAAAUAUACCAGCAUGUUUAUCCUAAUUUCUCUGUAAACCUUAUUUGUUUUAUUUGAAGUGCUGUGUCCUAUCUCACCUUACAGGUACUCUUUGAUUGGACAAGUCAUGCAUUGACAGGCUUUUACAGUAAGAAAGUGGAGUUGCCACAGGAGGUGGUGGAAGGCUUGUGGACCUACCUUGAUGAUAUUUUGCACAGCAAAAAGUUACACAAUGUGUUCAGCCAAGGAAAAACCAUCAGCCUUCGUUUGGCAGUAGCGCAAGUAAGUGGGUCAUAAGUGCCGAUGAUCAGUAUGUAAUCGCUACACUUUUAGCAGCUUAAGUUAGUUUGAUGCUUUUCAAGAUAAGGACAUUGAUGGUACGUGUUUUAUUGAAUGUAUUGAUUUCUGACAGUUCAUUUUUCUUUCCAGGUUAUAAUUGAAAGGAUUCAGGAGUUUGCCUCAGGGACCUCCUCAGUGUCUCUCUCCACCGUGUUGAGCUGCUGUCAGGGCAUCCUUUCCUCCUCAGUCCUCUCUGUCACAUUCACCACUAAGUACGAGCUACUGGUGGAGCUGCUGGCCAAGCUGUGUGCCCUGGCCUGCUUCAAGCUCAGUCAGCAGCAAACCGCAGACCCCCUGACACCCCAGGUGUUCGAGGUCCUUCUCCUUACCCUGAGUAGCUACUUCACGGUCCAGAGGCAGCAGGCCAACGCCAACCGCGUGUUUGCCCAAGUCACAACACACCUGCUCCAGCACCUCCUCCUGCUGAGACACCUACUGACCUCCAGGGCCUGGACGGCCGAGGAUGACCCCCGUGUCCGCCAGCACCUGAGUCGGGACAUCCGUGGUAAAGUGGACACCAUCCUGCAGUCUGCCCUCUUCCUGCCAGACCACCUCCAGGCCUAUAAGGAGGAGCUCCUCUCAAAGGAGGAGCCAGGGAUGAAAAAAGGGGCAGCGGGGAAGAGCCUACUCUCCCCAGUCAACUCGAUACUCACAAAGCUUUGUGCACAAGGUUACUGUGACACUGAUCUCCAUUAUGCGGUCAGGUCGAGUUCCCUCCCGCUGCUCUUCAAGUUCUCUCUGGACGCCUUCUGUAAAGGAGGAGAUAAUAAAGUACUCUGCUUUCACAUGUUGACAAAGGUAAUCACUGCCUUGGAUUUCACAAACGAGGUGACUCUCAAAGACCCGUUUGAUGGUGAAAACUGGAGCUUAGCUCUGCUGGCUUUGGAGAACCUCUUGAAUUUAUGCUUGACGGCAGACAUUUACAAUGUUGCGGCUGACAGGAUAAAGUACGAGGAGGUUCAGUUGAUUUUCUACAGGAAGGUGGUGAGGCUGUUGUUCGACAAUGCCCAGCCCAGCAUAUCAGCAUGGUACCGCUGUCUAAAAGCCCUGCUCAGUCUCAACCACCUGAUCAUAGAGCCAGACCUGGACGAGCUGCUGUCGGCAGGAUGGAUUGACUCUGACUGCACAGAGCCACGGGUUAGGAAGGCACGCGAGGCCCUCAUCUCCUCUGUUCUCCAGAUCUAUGCCAAGCUGAGGCAGCUCCCAAGGCUCUUCGAGGAGCUUCUAGCUGUCAUCUGCCGCCCAGCAAUGGAUGAGCUCCGACAGCCCGUUCUCCCUGAGGCAGUGCAUACAACGCUCAGCACAUGCCUGCUGGACAACCCCACCAGCCAGAGUCUGGAAAUAUGCUGCCUCAUUUUAGAGAACUUAACAAGCUAUGUACUCCCGGAUCUGGAGGGAAAUAGAGACAUGUCCCUGAAGCUGUUCUCCCUGAGUGUGCUCUUAUACUCUGUGUUGUUCAGUCUGAAAACUUUGGACAACAGCACACCAGUUCCUGUUGUGAGGCAAACCCAGGCUAUGAUGGAAAAGAUGCUCCAGGUGGUGAAGCCAGUGCUGCAGCUGGCUCAAGGCCAGGCCCCAGAAUGCCCUGGGUGUCCGAAAGUCCAAGAUGCAGGCCUCCUGCUGAAGUACACUUGGGUGGAGGUGGACACCCUCUUUCAGAUUCACUGUACGAAAUACACAUCUCCAGCGGACCCAGCUAGCGCUAACAUACUAGACGACAUAGGUAUUCUCCUCUCUGGUGUGAUGGUGACAGGUGAAGAUCAGGCCUCUCCCAUCGGCCAGCACUGUAGCCACAUGACCCACCUCCUUCAAAAACUGCUCACUCUCCAACAAAUGAAGAAAGUUCUCCUAAGCAACGAGCUUUUGGCACAGACUAGAGCUUCAGAUGUCCUCCGCAGAGCAGCCCAGUACAUUGUGGGGAGAGAAGAUCCUCAACUCUGCCAGCAGAGUGACCAGCUAUGGGACCGUCAGGUCAGUAGUGUGGAUGGCAGCACGUACCCAGUGGCACAUUGGUACCUCGUUACCACAAACCUACCAAUGAUCUCGCCAUACCUCACUGAGGAAAAAGUGUGUCAUAUAGCUGACCUUCUCCUCAGCUCCCUACUUCAGAAGACACCAGAUGACACCACUGAGAGGCUGUCUGUCUCUCUCAUUUCCAAACAUCUGCUUGAGAGCCUUGUUCUUGUCGAAUUACCCACUAUUUACUCUGCUGUGGUCAGAUGUGUCACUCAAAGGAUUGUGGGGAUUCUCAGCAGCACCCCAGACAUGGCCUCGGUCUGUCCAGCACUCAUUAAGUUGGGUGAAGUAAGCUUUUCAACAGCUGGAGACAAAGGAAGUGCAGUAACUCAGUCAGACGGUGAUGUCAGUGAAGCCCUUUCUGCUUUGAAGAGACUGGAGUCCAUAGCCCAACACAUACUGAGCUCUAGUACGACCGGAGCCUCUAUAACCCUAUCUCAAAGUCAAGCCGAUAACCUUUUAAGCUUACUUCAAGUCACCAAUGAUCUUAACCCAGAUGGAAUGUCCUCUGAAGACUUUUCAGGGCUCUUUUUGCUCAUAUUCCUCAUGGUCACAGACACACAGCUACAUAAUGAUGUGAAGCCUGCAGUAACAAUACAUCUGCUGAAUCAGCUCUUCAGUCUCAUGGGGUUGCUUCUGGCAGGGAAUAAUUCCCAUCAUGUUUUAAAGAUCGUGCAUGGGAGUAGCCUCUUGGAGGCAGCUUUGACAGCUCUCUUUUCACACAGCAAUAAGGGCCUCUUUCAAACUGUGGACAGCUCCGCUUGGCUGACUUUCCUAAAAACCGUCCAGGAUUUCAUCCAGUCCCUGAUCCUAUUGAUAAUCCACAGAAAGAGCAGUGUCCGCCUUAACCUGGAGAAAUUCACCACCUACUUGGUCAAUAGCGAGGUGGCUGUUAUGGCUUUGUCUUCUCUCCCAGGAAACAUUGAAACAGGGGGCCUGUUCUCCGUACAGCUUCUGCUUGCGUCUAUGAACACACUGUGCCAGGCCAUGACAUCCAGCCUCAGGAAAACCAAGCAGCUAGAUGAGACCCUGAGUCAAUUGCUGGGGAAGACCACUGCUGUCAUGGGCCCUGCCAUCCAGGCCAGCCUGAGGGCUCAGACAGGCAGUCUCCUAGGCCAGGCCUUCUCUGUGGAUGUGGUGACCGGGAUGGUGAGGAGCGAGCUGGCCUGUGCUUGCCCACAAGAUGAGCCUAGCGAGGGCAUCACCCAGGAGAGUCUAAGCCACAUGGGCAUGUACAGGAGCUUCAGCCAGCAGAUCCUCAGAGAGCUGUGCCCAUCCCAGCGCCCCAUGGACUUCCUUGUCUCAUCGCUCCACUUCCUCUCAGCGUACUACGCUGCUGCAGAGAUGACCAAAGCACUAGGUCAGGAGGAGCUCUUUGUGGCAAUCCUGCAGAAUGUCCAUAAACUGCUUGCAGGUACAGUGCGCUCUCUUAUUUCACAACGAUGCAUGUUUGUUUCAUAUUUUUUUGUCAGACUUGUUACAGUGUAUUCUGAGAUGCUCACCUGUAUGUGCGUUAUGUGUGAUUUCCUGCUGCUCAUAAUAUCUGUAAAAUAGCCCGCAAGUAAAUGUCAAAGUAAAUGUCUGUACCAUCGCUGACAGACAUGGAUGACUAAAACAGACAGACAUUAAGAAUUUGCACAGAAUUUCUCUUGAACACAAAAUAAUAAUACAAAUUAUUAUAAAAAAAUAUUAUAACAAAUAAUUGUUCAUUUAGAAAACGUAGAAUAUCGCAAUUCCCCAGUAAUGGAUAAUUAUAAUGAUAGCUUUAUGGAUAGAUACCGUGCCUUGCAAAAGUAUUCAUCUCCCUUGGCGUUUUUCCUAUUUUGUUGCAUUACAACCUGUAAUUUAAAUGGAUUUUUAUUUGGAUUUCAUGUAAUGGACAUACACAAAAUAGUCCAAAUUGGUGAAGUGAAAUUAAAAAAAUAACUUUGUUUAAAAAAAAUUCAAAAAUAAUAAUAAUGGAAAAGCAUAUGUAUUCACUCACUUUGCUAUGAAGCCCCUAAAUAAGAUCUGGUGCAACCAAUUACCUUCAGAAGUCACAUAAUUAGUUAGAUUGCACACAGGUGGACUUUAUUUAAGUGUCACAUGAUCUGUCACAUGAUCUCAGUAUAUAUACACCUGUUCUGAAAGGCCCCAGAGUCUGCAACACCACUAAGCAAGGGGCACCACCAAGCAAGAGGCACCAUGAAGACCAAGGAGCUCUCCAAACAGGUCAUGGACAAAGUUGUGGAGAAAAAAGACAGAUCAGGGUUGUGUUAUAAAAACAUAUCCGAAACUUUGUACAUCCCACGGAGCACCAUUACAUCCAUUAUUAAAAAAUUGAAAGAAUAUGGCACCACAACAAACCUGCCAAGAGAUGGCCGCCCACCAAAACUCACGGACCAGGUAAGGAGGGCAUUAAUCAGAGAGGCAACAAAGAGACCAAAGAUAACCCUGAAGGAGCUGCAAAGCUCCACAGCAGAGAUUGGAGUGUCUGUCCAUAGGACCACUUUAAGCCGUACACUCCACAGAGCUGGGCUUUAUGGAAGAGUGGCCAGAAAAAAGCCAUUGCUUAAAGAAAAAAAUAAGCAAACACGUUUGGUGUUCGCCAAAAGGCAUGUGGGAGACUCCCCAAACAUAUGGAAGAAGGUACUCUGGUCAGAUGAGACUAAAAUUGAGCUUUUUGGCCAUCAAGGAAAACGCUAUGUCUGGUGCAAACCCAACACCUUUCAUCACCCCGAGAACACCAUCCCCAUAGUGAAGCAUGGUGGUAGCAGCAUCAUGCUGUGGGGAUGUUUUUCAUCGGCAGGGACUGGGAAACUGGUCAGAAUUGAAGGAAUGAUGGAUGGCGCUAAAUACAGGGAAAUUCUUGAGGGAAACCUGUUUCAGUCUUCCAGAGUUUGAGACUGAGACAGACGUUCACCUUCCAGCAGGACAAUGACCCUAAGCAUACUGCUAAAGCAACACUCAAGUUGUUUAAGGGGAAACAUUUUAAAUGUCUUGGAAUGGCCUAGUCAAAGCCCAGACCUCAAUCCAAUUGAGAAUCUGUUGUAUGACUUAAAGAUUGCUGUACACCAGUGGAACCCAUCCAACUUGAAGGAGCUGGAGCAGUUUUGCCAUGAAGAAUGGGCAAAAAUCCCAGUGGCUAGAUGUGCCAAGCUUAUAGAGACAUACCCCAAGAGACUUGCAGCUGUAAUUGCUACAGAAGGUGGCUCUACAAAGUAUUGACUUUGGGGGGGUGAAUAGUUAUGCACGCUCAAGUUUUAUUUUUUUAUUUUUUCUUAUUUCUUGUUUGUUUCACCCAAAAAAAUAUUUGGAUCUUCAAAGUGGUAGGCAUGUUGUGUAAAUCAAAUGAUACAAACCCCCCAAAAAUCAAUUUUAAUUCCAGGUUGUAAGGCAACAAAAUAGAAAAAAUGCCAAGGGGGGUGAAUACUUUCGCAAGCCACUGUACUUCAUAAAAAGUAUAUGGCUAUUAUUUAAUGUUAACCAUAACUCUAAUAUGUCAGCCCCAUGGCUGUCAGUAUCAGAGGUGCGGUCCCUGGAGGAGCCCGUAAAGGAGCUUCUGGACCAGCUGCUGGUCAGGAGUACCCCAGAACAGUUCCACCUUCUCCUGCUGCUGCUCAGAGACGGACUGGAUACCUCCAAGAUCAGGAGCGGCUGUCAUAGGGUAAGUGUUAUAUUUAAUGUAAGUGUUACUGUAAGAGUUGUGAUAUUACUAGCUACUAUAAAAUUAUGCUAUCUGAGUUAGAAGCUACUGUAUUUGGUGUCCUGAAUACUUAAACACUGAAGUCUGGAUAACAUUUCCUAUAUGGGCUACUAGUUAACGCCACCUUCAAAACCUAGCCAUAUAUUUUUCCUAAUAAAUACUUCAGGACAGGAUUCCCUCAAUUUUCCCUCUUCUCAGUUCUCUACAGAGAUUUUCCCUAAAAAAUGUUUCUGUGGGCUUUUGUUGACACACUACAAAAAGCACACUGUAUUUUGCAGGAAGUCCUUUCAACUGUGACGAUAACGAAGUUGCUUGUCAGCUGCCUGCUUCCAGAAACCUGCUUAAAGGCAUUCUGGCUCAUUGCACCUCAGAUCAUUUCUGCCUUAGUAGUAAGUAUUCACUGUGACAUUUGAUGUGCUGCACUUUAUUGAGGAUCAUUUAUCCAAAUCAAUUGAUGCCACUACAAAAUAUUAUUUGAGCUAGAAUCACUCAAAAUCCAGUUAUGGUGAAGGUACAAUGUGUCCUUUUCACUUAAAACUGGCAUCCAUGCGUCAAGAGGGACAAAGCAAAGCAUUGGAUUGGCUUUGGCAUAGACUUAACAUCGACUUGAAGGGUAAAUGUGUUUCCUAUCUAACGUAGAAACCCCCUUUGGGCAUUGCAGAGAGCACUGUAAUUAGAACCACAGUCUGGCUGUCCGUUACAAAGCAUGUCACGCUUCUCCUCCGCUGCACUGUCUCCUGUGUCUUGGAUCUGAUAUGGGGGGAAGUAUUGGUUUAGCUGGGGAAAGCCAAUUUUGGCCUGCAGCAGUAAGUGUCUCUCCCUCCCUGUUGCUGUCACAGUCAUAGUGUGCAGCAGGAAGAGUGACUACCUGUCCCAUUUAAUAAAGCUGAAUCUGGUUUCAUUUAUCAAUAUGGCCCCCUCGCACCUCAUUGCAACUCUGCAGAAAGAACGUUAGGUGUUACAACACACAACUACAAUCCCUCACUGUGUUCUUACAAACAGGAAUGUUGCCUCAUACCUCAAUUGGUCUACCGGUAUUUCAUUUUUUCUCUGUUCUCUCUCUGGGUUACUUAGCCCUAUCGCCAAAUCUAAAUAUAAACUUUCAUCACUUAUUAGACACAUUAACUUAUUUAUUGUUUUCAACAACCAAAGUAUACCAUUGAGACAUGACAUUUUGAGAACCCACACAGGAUGUAGUACUUUUCUCCUUGCUAUCCUCUCUUUCUGUCCUUCAUCUUAAAUCCAUAUUCCUCAUUAGCUUCAUCUCUGGUUCAACUCCCAUGGUCCUCUCUGCUCUCUCUCAGUUUCUAGUGAAGGAGGCUGGCAAGGAGACAACCCUGACCGCUGCUCUGACUGUGCCAGUGUUGGACACUCUGACAGCCAUGCUCCGUCAGGGGGAGGGGAUGCUCUCCAACCCCCACCAUGUGACCAUGGUGCUGGGGGCCCUGCAGUUUGUCCCCCUUGAACACCUGACCAUGGAAGUCUACCACGCUACCUUUGAGGCCAUUCACGAGGCUCUGUUUGCAGUAAUCCAGUGUCACCCGCAGGUU